AUGUCAUCACAAAAUGGAGGGGUAGUCCAUCAGAGUACAAGCGAGAGGAAAGAGAAACGAAAAACUGUCCGCCGUGACCCAGAGAAGAGACGGCAACAGAAUGUCCAAGCGCAACGAAAGUACCGAGAAAAGCUGCGUAAGCGCAUGGAUCAACUUGAAGCCAUUGCAGCAUCUGCGGCGCAAACCUGUCCUAUUGAAGGUGCAACAGCUGCGAGUACACGCCCGUCUGAGGGUGCCUCCAGGGAUAGCUCAUCCAGCACGCCGUUGGAUAUCAGUACAAUAGACCUCUCUGCAUACGAUGCCUCUGAUCUAUCUGUUUCAACUGUAUUGGCCGUAACCCCAGAUCAGUGCCAGUAUCCUCCUCAGCAGUUAGAUAGCGGCCUGUCGGCAUUGUCCACUUGGGAUCCUAGAACAUAUCUGCAAUUAGACGACCCGGAUUCAUCGUUGCGCGCAUGGAACUCUACAAAUUUUGUCGAUCCUUCUCUUCUCAUCUGUGACAAAAAGAACGACAGUCAUGGUCCAUACUGGACGGCCACCGUCAGUUGCGGCUGCUCGAAACCACAUGUCCAGAUACGGACGCACGGCCCUGACCCAUGUUCCUACGGUGAUAUCAAAAUACUCUCAAUUGGACCGGGUUCACCCGCCGCAGAUCCAUGCGCCAACCAGCUUCGCAUCGAAACGGUCUGCACUGUAUCUGCACUGUACGCUAUUGGGACCCAUGUUGGCAUUACCGAGGAGCUGAUCUGCGCCGACGACUCUCUCUCUCCGUUCUUCCGGUUCACUGUGGACUCGGCGGAGGAUACAGCCGAGACCGACAUGAUUUGCGCAGUGCAGAGAAUAUUCAAGACUCUGAAACCAGAUUUGAGGCCCACUAAGGAACAAAUUACCGUCAGGCAUCAUCCCUUCAUCGAUAUUGUACCCUUUCCGACGUUGCGUAGGAACCUCAUCAAAUACCAGGAUGAGUUCGACGAGGAUGAGUUCUUCCAUGACAUGUUGACCGGUCUGGUGUGUUGGGGCGGUGCGGGUGUCGGAAAGAGGGAUCGGAAUCUCUCCGCCGGUUAUGCUUCGACGGGUACACCGUGGGACGUCCGCAGCUGGGAAGCAAGAGAUUGGUUUAUCAAGAAGUAUUGGAGGUUGCUAGGUGGUGAAGAUGGAGAACUCGUUCGCCAGAGUGAAUGGUGGCGCAGUAUCAGAGGGGAGGACCGACUGAACGUGGAGGCCGUGGGAGUCAUUGAAGCAAUAUGA